AUGUUAUCUCUCUUCAAAUAUUCUGCGGUUCUGCAGAUCAUCAAGACGCAGAAGAAGAGAAUUGAGAUCUUAUUCAGAUCUCAAAUACACUUCAUAAUUCAGAACAUUAAGAAGACAGUUCUGCUCUCUGAGCAUGUUAAUCUGCUUACUGCUGAGAUGAAACCUGAGACAGUAGAUCAGAAAAUGCAGGAUUUUGAGAUACAGCUUGAUCUGACUGAGAGAGAGCAGCAGGAACCCUUCUCUGAGAAGAUAGUGAAGAGAGAUUUUGAGAUGAUUAUCAUCUCAGAUGAGGAGAAGAAGAAGAAGAAGAAGAAUGAGAAGUGA